UCCUAAUCGUCUAAAGUCUAAAGCGUUGGGUUAUCUUAUCGAAAUACCGUUAUCAGAGAUGGGAGCUGCACACCCGGCAUUGUUUUAAAGGUUGCUAUUUCCGUUUUUGUCAUCAUUUCGCAAAGCAACCUCUGCCUAAACGGAACGCUUAAAAAUGUGGUCCUUGGUGGCAUGUGUAGGUCUAUUGUAUGCGCUGUGCGAUGUAAACUACUUCAUACGGAUACUCACCACCGUACUGCACGUGAUGCUGUUUCCCGGAACAAUCAAGGUCACGGACAAGCAUACAAUUUACGGAUUUUGCACGACGCAGGAUGUUGAUUUCCUGCUGAACCACAUGAACAAUGGGCGCUACCUGCGGGAGCUAGACUUUUGCCGCUUCUACUGGUACGGACGGACACGCUUUUGGCCGCUUGGAAAUGCGAAGAAUCUGCUGCAGGGCGAGUGUAUGGUGCGAUACCGGCGCAUGCUACCCAUCUUCCGGCCGUACAAGGUGGAAACUCAGAUGAUCUGGUGGGACGAACGGUCUAUCUACUUCGAGCAUAAGUUUAUCACACUGCACGAUGGUUUUAUCCGUACCGUGGCCUACUCACGCCAGCGUGCCAUCGGUGUCGAUUUGCUCGAGUACGUCCAACAGUUCGCCGAGUGUCGUGAUCGACCCGAACAACCGCCCGUCCUGAAGGGCUGGAUCGAAUCGAACGAAGUGAGCAGCCAGCAGCUACGGAAGUGAGAAGGAAGCAAAACUUUCACCUGACCGCCGAAACAGCCGAUCGUACCUGUUUCGAUCUUUCUCUCUAUUUCACUCGAUCGCUACUUUUGCCAUCAUAGAAAGCCAGGUGAGAAGUACAUAAACGAAAGCAGUAUGCGUGUGCGUCGGAACUGUGAAGACACACACACACAGACUGCACGGCAUCGCUAGAAAGCCUUCCAGCAGCAGGUUUUUCUUCGCAUACCAUACGAAACCUAUAGUCGUUGAAAGGUUUCUGCCGAGUGUGCACCUGUAAUUAACCAGCGCGGUAAGAACCUUACUUGAGUGGAUUCGCGUAUAAAUUGUGUUCUUUAGCUUAAAACUGUAGUACGCGCGUGUAUGUUUAGUUCCUUUUUUCGUUUUGUUUUAUCGUCCAAAACCAAGUUAAACGUAAAUCGAUGUGUAACCCUACUCUGACCGUGUAUCUCAUUUGGAGUGGUGGUAUAAAGUCCAAAAUAACCCAUGAGACAGCAAAAAUACAAAGCUAACGGAUGCAAUUGUGGUGUUGCUUCCAGGAGAAGGUUUAUGUUUAGUCUCUAGUCAGAUCAGAAAUGGGUUUUACGCGCUCAUAUAAUCAGUGUAGUUUGUUUUACAAAACGUUUCUCCUAAACUUAUAGUUAAGAAACUCAAGUAGAUUCGAUUUGUCGGAUGAUAUAAUGUAAUCAUGACGUAAGCAACCGGUUCCGGUCUAGAUUGUUUGCCUAACAUCGACCUGGUUUGCUUGAAAUGAAAGUUUGCUGCACAAUACAAAUUACUGUAAUUUAAAAA